GUUAGGGUUUUCCUUUCACCGAAUUUUUGUGGGGCAUAGUUAUGUUUCAGAUUUCUCUCUUUGGUUUUUUAGUUGCAGGUUUUUGAAUGUUCAAUUUGAUUGGUUCGCUGGUGUUCAAAGUUUCACAUUUGUUUAUUGGAUUGCCGAUUUCUCCAUUUGUUGGCGUUGGUGUCUUGGUGCAUCGGGCGAGCAUCUUUUCUGGAGCAGGGGCGACCGCGGUAAAAAGAUCGGAAGCAUUUGUAGAGAAACGGCGGUACCUUCGAAAUUGGAAGAUUUCAAUGGCACACUUGGAAAAGCAAUAUGGCAAUCUGAAUGUGGAGGAUGAUGAGAAAGAGCUGACUUUUGACAUGGUAGACAGUGAUGCGGAUCAUGUCGCUAAGUUGGCGGUCGAAUGGAUUGUGACUGGGAGUGUAUCGGUGUUGGAUCAGGCAGCCUUGGUCGGCCGCUCUGAUGGUAGUGGAGUUAGUAUUCACCCCUAUUACAAGAGAUCAUCCUCCCCAGAACAGUGGCGGAGCUGUUUUGUUCUAAAGUAUUCACAAGAACACCCAAAAUAAUUAAAAACAUAGUAGUGUACAUGUGUAAAUUUAGUGUAAUUAUAUUUAUUCUUCUUUAAAUUUUUAUUUGUACAAAAUUGAGCACUUGAAUUCUAAAUUCCAGAUCCGCCACUGCUCCGGAACCUCCUCCUUACCAGGAAAAGUUUUGUGGAAAUAGUAGUACUUGUUUUUAUUUUAGUCCGAGUAGGUUUUCUUUGGAUGUUUGGAUUUUUGGUAUUCUUUUGAUAGGCAGGGUUUCGGAUCUGGUCGCUUUAGGCCUAAAUUUGCAAGUUUCAGGUUUAGCGAGUCAGGUUGUUUGGUAUGAGGUGACUGACUCUAAGUUUACGCCUAGUGUUUACGAUUGAAUAUGUGAGUUCUAUCUGAAUGUUUUCUUGUAUGUGUUCUCAAUUUUAAUAUAAUGACC